AUGGAUCAGGUACUAGAAGAGAUAUGUGCUAAUCUCUCACUGAACAAGGCGAAAAAAGUUCCUUUGGCUGAAACGGUUGGAAGGAGUCCAGGAACUGGGUUUCAAUCAUAUGGAUGCAAGCAGAAAUAUGGUGUUCUUCAAAUUCAAUUCUACAGUAGAUCUACAAAGAGUUCAACAGGGAUCUCCAUGGACGAUCGGCAGCUUUUUGUUCUCACGGAGGUCAAUGAGGAUGAUGUUAAUGAUCAAGUUGAUUUUUCAUGGGUCCCAUUUUGGAUUCGGAUCCGGGGUUUGCCCUAUAGUCUGAUGAACAAAGACGCAACAGUGUCGAUUGGAAACAUGAUUGGUCAAUUUGUUGAGUCGGAGUGUGAUCAGGAUGGACUUGCUAUCAGAGCGUGUUUGCGUGCUCAAGUUUCCAUUGACAUUACAAAAGCGCUCUGCCAAUAUGUGGAGGGGGUCGUCAGGUGGAAAUUGUAG